CUGGGCUGUAAACGCGGGGUGGGAAGUUUCGUCGAUCAAUUGUACGGUUUUCAGCAAAACAUGGACUUUUUCAUCACGAUUUGGAGACUUUACGGCGUGUAAAAGCGGCGCGGCGUCCUCCGUGGCCCCUCGUACGCCUCCCAAAGGAGUUGAGACUCAAUCAAGAUCGCCUCUGCUGGUUGCAGCCAUGAAGAUUGCAGUGGAGGGCUGUUGCCAUGGCGAGCUGGACAAGAUCUACGAGACCAUCGCCUACCUGGAGAAGAAGGAAGCCGUUAAAGUGGACCUGCUGCUAUGCUGCGGCGACUUCCAGGCCGUGCGCAACGAGGGCGACCUCAAGUGUAUGGCGGUGCCUGCCAAGUACAGAACCAUGCAGACCUUUUACAAGUACUAUUCUGGAGAGAAAAAGGCUCCAGUUCUUACCAUCUUCAUCGGCGGUAACCACGAGGCCUCCAAUCACCUGCAGGAGCUUUCUUAUGGAGGCUGGGUGGCCCCCAAUAUAUAUUAUCUGGGUUAUGCUGGGGUCGUUCGCUACAAAGGGAUCCGAAUCGGUGGCCUGUCAGGCAUCUUCAAGUCACAUGACUACAGAAGAGGUCACCAUGAAUUCCCUCCGUACAACCCCGAAACCCUGAGAAGCGUCUAUCAUGUGCGAAAUAUUGAGGUCUUUAAACUAAAGCAGAUCAGCAUGCCCGUCGACAUUUUCCUGAGCCACGACUGGCCUCGCGGUAUCUAUCAUCAUGGGCCCACGGAGGAUCUGCUGCGGAAGAAGAAGUUUCUGCGACAUGAGGUAGAGUCCAACUGUCUUGGGAGUCCGGCCGCCGCCGAGCUCAUGGAGCACCUGCAACCCAGCUACUGGUUCUCGGCGCAUCUUCAUGUCAAGUUUGCUGCCCUGAAGCAGCAUCCUCCUAAACCCAACGCCGCGCCGCGGGCCACCAAGUUCCUGUCGCUAGAUAAAUGCCUGCCCUAUCGGGAAUUCUUGCAGAUCGUGGACGUACCGGAAAGGGCCGGUUCAUCUGACAAUUUGGAGUACGACCCCGAGUGGCUCGCCAUCCUAAAGGCCACCAACGAUCUGCAGAGGACCACCCCUCAUCCCUGGAACCCUCCGGAAAAUAAUGGCCUGCAUGAACGGUGGGACUUUACAGUCUCUGAAGAAGCACUGAUGAAUGUAGUGGAGCAGCUCAGCGGCGAACUCGCCAUCUCGGAAAACUUCAGUCGUACUGUGCCGCCCUACGACCCAAGUAGCCCCCAGUACCACGCUGCCCCCAGCUACCACGCCAACCCCCAGACCACAGAGCUGUGCGCCACCCUGGGCCUCACGGACCUCUACACCCAAGCGGGCCAGGCCAGCGACAUGAGCGGGGCUCAGGACUGCCUCCGCGAAGAGGAAGACGACACUCAGAGCUACGACGAGCCCAGCGAGUACAUGACUGACAUUUCGAGCACAUCAAACUCCUUCAAUCCCGAUGAGAUCACUAUAGAGGAUGAGUGGGAGGAAGAGGAAGGUAAAGAAGAGCCCAAAAGCAGCGCUGAUCCAAAACCGCCCUGUGGCGACACCCACACGCCCUACCACAUGGUCCUGCCGCCGCCCAAAUUGGAAGCGUCACCCAUUCCCAUGUCGCCUCUCCUGGAUCUGCCUCCCCCCUGCCACUCCACACCCACCGUCCCUCGUCUUUCUCCAAGCGACAUGGCGGGUGAGGGUUUCCUCAAACGGACCAGCAACGAAGCCGGUGAUACAGGAAGCCGGACCACGACACCGCGAAUCAAACGCCGGAACCAAAUAAUCUACGCCACAGUAGAGGGCGAUUGCGACGAAUAGCCAACAAAAAAGUUAUUUUUUUAUUAAUGUAUUAAUUUCCUGCCUUUUUAAUGGAGAGAAAAUACGAGAAAAAUUAUGGCGUUUUAAAGAGAUUUUAAAUUGGUAAUUUUUAGAAACACUAUUUUUCUUUAUUUUUGUAAAUGUGAUUUCAAGACAGCAGGAAUGAUCAUUGGUUGUAAGAUUAAAAUAUCCUUUAAAAACAA